GAGAGACGCUGUAGCACACUUGCGCACUGCGCGUAAAGGAGACACACGUACCCAAACCCUCGAUGCGACUUGUUUCGCUCCUCGCCAAGGAAGAAAGUUUUGUUUUGCCAGUGAAGUGGACUUUUAUACGCGUACAUCCCUCCGUUUCAACACCUACGGCUUGUCUUUAUACAGCGGUGACGGUUGAUUAUGUGUAAGAAGAGGCGGGCGUUCCUGUGGAAAUCUCCCACUGUUUUCUUCAGAUAAACAGCUUUUCUUUGGUGAUCUCUAAGAUGGAGCUGACUGAAACGGGGAUUUAUAAAAGAGGAGCAGCUUUAUGUGAAGACCCCACCAGACUGCGUUGAUCAUCUCAUGUGCCAUGAACAGAAGAUCAGCUGCGCUUUGGAGUUUAAACUGGACUUUAUCUGAAGGUCCUGCACUUGUACACCUACGGAGAAUGUCGCGAAUGCACUCGAUUUAAUGUGUUUUGUCCUCAUUUAAGAGAUUUUGCGUUUAAAGUCGAGUGUCCGGGAGUUUUUACGUUUAUAUGUACGACUUUUACGCUUUGUGUUAUUUUAAGAGCGCAAGUCUACUAUUAUGACAGGCUUUGGCUCAUGGAGCUGCUCCUGUCCAGAUGGAUUUAGCGCAGGUUUGCGUUCCUCCGUAAAGCGGCUCUUGAGGUGGCUCUGAUGCACGAAAGAUCCUCCAAACUCUCACAAUGGCUCGAUCAAACACGGAAUAUGGUCACAUCUCCUGGCCUGAGCCCAUCUGAUCUCGUUCGUUACUGAUCUGUCAGGUUUAGCGCGAUGAUCAUGGUCUCCUCCGGCUGCGCUCUGAUGGUUCUGAUGGUCACUCAGGUGUUCUUUGGAGGCUCCAGUGGACUCGUACCCCAGAUCGGCCGGUCCUUUCUGUCUCAGGACGUCCUACACGCGUUUGAACUUCGACUUCUGAGCAUGUUUGGACUCAAACACAGACCGAGUCCCAGCAGGUCUGCGGUGGUUCCGCAAUACAUGAUGGACUUGUACUCGAUGCACUCCGUGAACGCGGAGCAGAGCAACAGCAACAGACCCAAGGGCUCCUUAGGAAAAGCCUCGGAAAGGUCUGCCAGCCGCGCGAAUACUAUCAGGAGCUUCCACCAUGAUGAAUCCGUGGAGGACCUGUACAGUUUGAGUGGAAAGACAACUCAGCGGUUCCUCUUCAACCUGACAUCCAUCCCAGGCGAGGAGUUUGUGACGUCAGCGGAGCUGCGGAUUUUCCGAGAGCAGGUUGUGAGUAACGGCAGCGAGGAAUUUCACCGUAUUAACAUUCACGAGAUCAUCAAACCAUCCGGUUCUUUUCAAGAACCCAUCACGAGACUCCUGGACACCAGGCUGGUUCAGCACAGCUUGAGCAAGUGGGAGAGUUUCGAUGUGAGCCCCGCCGUCACGAGGUGGACCGCAGACGGGCAUCCCAACCACGGCUUCGUAGUGGAAAUAGUUCACCCAGAACGCGCGGAAGAGGACUCCAAAAGACACGUCCGCAUCAGCAGGUCCCUGCAUGACAGAGAGGACACAUGGCCCCAAAUGAGGCCGCUGUUGGUGACCUACAGCCACGACGGGAAGGGAAAUGUGCUGCACUCUCGCGAGAAGAGACAAGUGCGGACAAACAAACAGCGGAAGAAGCAAAAACCCAACUGCAGGAGACAUUCCCUCUAUGUGGACUUCAGCGACGUGGGGUGGAACGACUGGAUAGUCGCCCCGCCGGGCUACCAUGCCUUUUACUGCCAGGGCGAGUGUCCGUUUCCACUGGCAGACCACCUGAACUCCACCAACCACGCUAUUGUUCAGACACUGGUGAACUCGGUGAAUAGCAACAUUCCCCGGGCCUGCUGCGUUCCCACGGACCUGAGCCCGGUUUCUCUGCUCUAUCUGGACGAAUACGAGCGGGUGAUCUUAAAAAACUACCAGGACAUGGUCGUAGAGGGUUGUGGAUGCCGCUGACGCCCGGAUGUCUACAGACACUUUAUUUUUCCCAAUACUAAACUUUAUUUAUAAUAAAGUAAAACACAUAUUUUGGAAAAGUAUAUAAAGAUAUAUUUAUGUUCACUAUUGGGAAAAUAAAUAUUUUAAUCAGAGUUAAACAAACAUUUUCUGAUGUACAUUUCAAUCCGCAC